GUGCACUCCUGCUCUUCUGUAAGCGUUCUCCGGUUGACACAUCAAAUUCUUGCGUUCUUUCUCACGCGCUGUCCAAAGCACCAGCUAGACAGGAGGUAGCAACCUGAUCGGUACCAAGCCAUGGCAGCUGUGCGCAGUCAGUCGUGCAGCAGUAUUGUGUUCUCUGUCUGUCUGUCUGUCUGUUUCUCUUUCUCUCUGUGGUGCGCUCGCUCGCUCGCUUCUCCUGCACAGUAGUGUCUUCUCUCUCUCUCUCUCUCUCUCUCUCUCUCUCUCUCUCUCUCUCUCUCUCUCUCCUCCCCCCCUCCCCCGCCAUCUGCGAAUGCCGCCAUUGGGAGAGUCCCUAUCUUUCCGGACUGUGAGUUCGACGGUCUCAUGCUGGCCACAGGACUCAUGUAAUCGGAUGCCUAGACGCAAUUCGCAAUCCGAGGUACGGGCGCAAGUGCACUGCUUUUUGGAUCGUCCAUCAUCGUCACAUCGUAAUUAUCCUUUUGCGUUCGUUUGCUUCUUCUUCUUCUCGACCACCUCCUUCGUUCACUGUUGUGCGGCAGUUCAACAUUUGCACGUUUGCAGCGGGCGCAAUGGAGGAACCGUCGACGAGCUCUAAGAAGGCAAUAGAGGCGAAGGAGGAAGAGGAGCAACCUGCGGCGGAAGGGAGCACGGGAGACGAAGGGACAACGACGCUCUCAACCGGCGAUUGCCGCUCCUUUUACAGAAACCUAACGCUGGCAAAGGGGAUAGGGUCUUCUCCGAUCUCUGACAAACCAGAAGACGAAGGAAGCUCGGCACACGCUGCAGCCUCGGCGGACGUAACUGGGCAGAAGGAUGGUGUAGGGGAUACGGGGAGGGUGCGCGGCGAGGAGGAGACUGCGUGGGAGUCCCACGUGCAUGAUUUCUGGUUUGAUCGAGGGGAUUUCGAACGGCGGAGCGGGAUUGAUCCGGAUGAUAUAGACGACGCCUCCACGAGAGUUACCAUAGCCGACAGUGAGUUUGUCGAUGACGAACUUGGAGUUCAGUUAGAUGACAUGGACGAGUUGGAGAUAGCUAGGUAUGACACGUUUAGCGAAGGAGAUCACGAGGAGGUGGGGGAAGAGGACGAUCCAACGGAGGGUGAAGAGCACGGAGUAGGGGUAACUAGGGAUAGGGAGAGGCCUCUGGCAUUCGCUGUGUGCUGAGAGGGAGAUAAAGCUUUAUCCCUCCUGCGGGGAGGAAUCAAAAGAGGACACUGUGUGGGGGGGGGUGAGGUGACGGGGUGAGAGAGAGAGAGAGAGAGAGAGAGAGAGAGAGAGAGAGAGAGAGAGAGAGAGAGAGAGAGAGAGAGAGAGAGGCUUUGAAAUACGAAGAUUUUGUGAUUCUUGGCUCGAUAGUGAAUGAUCGGGAUUCCUUUAUCCCACCGCCUCCCCACCUCUUCCCCCCGUCCAAGCGAUACACCCCCCUUUCGGUUUUCUAUGCCAAGCAUGGUUUUGCAGCGCUUCCCGGCGUUCGUCAAUGCCCCUCCACCUGUCCUCGUUACCCGUCCCUCGAUCGACUUGUGGGAGUGGAUGAUGAACCACGAUGAGGUUAGAACUUGCAGCGCUUCCCGGCGUUCGUCAAUGCCCCUCCGCCUUUCCUCGUUGCCCGUCCACCGAUCGACUUGUGGGAGAAACCCUUGAGUGGUGGGGCGUUCACUUCAACAGAUGUACUCGAUCUACCUCUGCUUGUGUCUGUUCAUCCACACCUGCGGAUAGUGUGGUGGCGGGAUUGCGGUGAUGAUGAAGUCAGACGGCAAGUUGUUUUUCUGAUCAGGAUAAUCCUCUCCCGGGGGAUCAUUGUUUGUUUGAAUUGCAGGAAGAGUACCUGUUGUGGGAAACCCUUGCCCGUCGCGGGCCCUUCUGGAGGUAUGGGGAGAGAGGACAGGAAGGACAUGCAACUGGAGAUCCAGAGAGAGCAUGGAGGAGGAGGGGAGAGCGUAAUGUUGACACGCAGGUAAAGUGUGAAAGAGUUCAGAAAGAAAUGGAGAUUCCGGACAGCGGAGGUAGCAACAGAGACAUUGUGGUAUACAGCAGAGGCGAAGUGUGGUACAUAAAGUGUUCCCUUCCUUGUAAACUUUGUGCAUGGGGGCGGUUUCGGUUUCCCGUUGCCUUCUGUUUUCCUCUCCUUGCGUUUUUUUUUUCGUUUUCUUGUUUCGGGUUCUUGUUAAACGGAUGGGGCGGAGUUUUCUCCUCCUCCCAAUAUCUACCGUCCGAGUCGGAAGACGAUGGGAAAAGUAGGGCGCCGAGAGGGGAGAAGGCGGGAACCACACUGGCGAAGGGAGCGGUAGAGGUUUGGUAUUGGUGCUCUGUGUCGAGGAGGUGGCGGGUGUCUUCUAUCAGUUAUGAUUCAGUAAGGCUAUGCAUGGCGAUUACUACUGUGAAAAUGCAUGAACCAUUCAUGUUAAGAAAAGACGUUUCUUUUCAAGAAGAGAUCAAAGAGCUUUAGCAGUUGUUGCGGGCAAGCGGAUGCGGAGGAAGGACGGUAGCGAUCGCUGUAUGAGCGCGGUUGUUGACGCUAGUUUUAGCUGGUUGUUAAGCAUAUAAGGAACGUUUGCCGCGACCCUUAGCAGAGCACGAGAUCAAAACAUGUUGGGAGAAUGCUAUUUUUAGC